AUGUCUUAUUUUAUAGAUGACGGAAAAGGGAAUGAUGAAGCGGUGCAAAGAGUCACCGAACAGAUGAGAGAAGUGAUUGCUGAAGAGGUAGGAAAAGCAAUCGAAAAUAGCUUGUCGGGUUUUAUCGAUAAAAUCCAAAACACGAUGUUAUCAGUGGUGGAGGAAAGAAUCAAGAAAUUGGAGGAUAAUGCCAAUUCAGUCAAGGAGAAAUUCGGAGAACGGAAGGGUUGCUCGUACAAGGAAUUUAUGGCAUGCAAACCACCACUCUAUAACGGGGAGGUGGAUCCGAUAGUAUGCCAAAGGUGGUUGAGUGACAUAGAAGGGGUGUUUGAGAGAACCCACUACGAUGCAAACGACUUCGUAGCUUAUGGCACGGGUCAACUAAGGGGCCAAGCAAAAGAUUGGUGGGAUAAUAAGAAAAAGGAGAUUGGUAGCGAGGAGGCGAAGGCGAUGACAUGGGACGAGUUUAAGGUACCGUUCCUUAAACAUCACAGUCCCAAGGCGGUUAUUAAUCGGAUCAAGGAAGAAUUUAUCCAACUUAGGCAAAAGGGCGAAUCUAUUGAUAAGAUCACGGGAACCUUUCUUGACAAACUAAGGUUUUGCGAUGAGUUGGUGAAAACUGAAGAACAAAAAGUGUAUUAUUAUUAUAAUAUGCUAAGCGCGGAAUAUCGGGAGUUCAUGACCCCCUCCAAAUACGAAACCCUCACCGAAAUCAUCAACGCCGCUCGAGAAAGAGAAAUAGAGUUAAAGAAGCAAAUUGAAAGGGGUGAAAGGAGGGCACAAGAGGUUAAUCCAAGCCCUAUGAAAAAGGCACGUACGACCGACUCAUCGAAGAAACAAGAAGGGAAGAGCAACACACCAAGUUGUAAAGUGUGCGGGAAGGGGCACAAGGGUGAGUGUCGAUUUAAGGACAAACCGUGUCCUAUUUGUGGGAAGACAGGGCACACGGCUGCAUUGUGCCCGGGGAAAGUUUCGGUAUGCUACAAAUGUUAUCAGCCGGGUCACAAGAAAUCCGAGUGCCCGGAAUUGUUCGGAAAGAAGGAAGACAAGAGUGCGCACACCGAGACACCAAAAGCAAAGGCUAGAUCCUUCCAUUUAACGGCAGUGGAGGCGAAAACGGAGCCCGAUGUGGUCUCAGAGGUAGAAAUAAGUGAUAACAAAAACUUCCUUGUAUGUGAUAUAUGUCGAGGUUGUAAGAUAAACAUUGAUGAUGAGGAAUACCCAAUAGAUUUAAUUCCUAUGUCCAUGGGAGAAUUCCAAGUAGUGGUCGGAAUGGAUUGGCUAUCCCGACAUAAUGCGAAAGUCAUGUGUUUUCGCAAGGAGAUUAAACUAACAUCUCCAAGCGGGAAAUCGGUUAUCAUACGCGGCGAGAGAGAAGGGAAGCCUGUUAUGUGUUCAAUGAUAAAAGCUUACAAGCUCAUGAAGCACGGAUGUAGAGCGUUCAUGAUAUACGCGAAUGAGCCAAACAAAGAGUUGCUAAAGAUUGAAGACGUGCCGGUAGUACGUGAAUACGCCGAUGUGUUCCCGGAAGAUCUACCGGGAAUACCGCCGGAACGGGAGAUAGAGUUCGGAAUCGAAUUGAUUCCGGGCGCGAAACCCUUGAACAAACUCACGGUGAAAAAUCGAUAUCCACUUCCAAGAAUUGACGAUUUAUUCGAUCAAUUGCAAGGAGCUAAAUGGUUCUCCAAAAUCGACCUUAGAUCGUGGUACCACCAGUUGAGAGUCAAGGAGGAAGAUAUACCGAAGACGGCUUUCCGUACGCGGUACGGACACUACGAAUUCCUUGUGAUGUCCUUUGGGUUAACAAAUGCGCCCGCAGCUUUCAUGGAUCUCAUGAAUCGGGUCUGCAAGUCUAUGCUAGAUAAGUCGGUGAUAGUAUUUAUUGACGACAUUUUAAUAUACUCAAGGGACGAAGCGGAACACGCAACACAUUUGUACGAAGUCUUGGAGACGCUCAGAAAAGAAAGGUUGUAUGCAAAAUUUUCAAAAUGUGCUUUCUGGUUGCGAGAGGUGCAAUUUCUCGGGCACGUCAUUAAUGCAAACGGGGUGUUAGUAGACCCGUCAAAAAUAGAAGCCGUGGCGAAAUGGAAUCCACCGAGGAAUCCUUCGGAAAUCAGAAGCUUUUUGGGGCUUGCGGUCAAAGCAGAACAUCAAAAACCGUACGGUAAGCUGCAGCCAUUAGACAUUCCAGUUUGGAAUUGGGAACAAAUUACGAUGGACUUGCUGACCAAACUACCCAAAACUAGCCGUGGUUUUGACGCCAUAUGGGUAGUUGUGGAUCGACUGACAAAAAGUGCACAUUUUCUUUCGAUUCGCGAGACUUAUACAUCAGAGAAGAUGUCCGAAGUGUAUACCAAUGAGAUUGUGGCGCGUCACGGAGUACCAAUAUCCAUAGUGUCUGACAGAGAUACCCGGUUUACUUCGGAUUUUUGGCGUAGUUUCCAAGAACAAAUAGGAACCAAGCUAUUCAUUAGCACUGCUUACCAUCCCCAAACGGAUGGGCAAAGUGAGAGAACGAUACAAACGUUGGAAGAUAUGUUGCGUGCUUGCAUUAUUGACUUUGGGGGUAGCUGGGAUGUCCAUUUACCUUUAGUCGAAUUCUCGUAUAACAACAGUUAUCACUCGAGUAUUAAAAUGGCUCCAUACGAGAUGUUAUAUGGCAGAAAGUGUCGAACCCCAGUUUGUUGGGGAGAAGUUGGUCCACGGGGGUUAGCUCAGACUGAUAUAAUCCGAGCUACAAAUUGUAAGAUCGACUUGAUCCGCACUCAUUUAAAAGCAGCUCAAGAUCGACAAAAAUCGUAUGCGGAUAAACGAACGAGGCCAAUAGAAUUUCAAGUGGGUGAUAAGGUAAUGUUGAAAGUAUCGCCGUGGAAAGGGAUAAUUCGAUUUAAAAAGAGAGGAAAGUUGAGCCCAAGAUUUAUUGGGCCGUUCGAAAUCGUGGAACGGGUUGGAAAAGUAGCAUACCGUCUCGAGCUACCUGAGGAGUUGAGUGGAGUACACAGCACAUUCCACGUGUCACAUCUCCGUAAAUGUUUAGCGGACGAAACUGCUCAUGUCCAUUACAACGAUAUUGAGGUGGAUAACAGCCUUAACUACGCGGUAAGGCCAAUUGCAAUUCUAGAUCGUAAAGUGAAGAGUUUGAGAAACAAAAGGAUUAACCAAGUGAAGGUUAAAUGGGAACACCGGAAGGGUGCGGAUACUACGUGGGAGUCCGAAGAAGAAAUGCAACGGCUCUAUCCUUCGUUAUUCGGUACGUAA